UCGGGAGAAACACCAUGGCUCUUGGACCGCUAGCGGUACUACUGGCGCUGACAUUGCCGAGAUUGACUUGGGGGGAGCCGGCCUCAGCACCCUCUCCGUGUCCCCAGGGCAGUUCUUGGAGCCCAGACCUGGACAAGUGCAUGGAUUGUUCCUCAUGUCCAGCACGACCAUACAGUGACUUCUGUCUUGGCUGCACCACAGCACCUCCACCGGCUUUUCCUCUGCUGUGGCCAGUCUUGGGGGGUACACUAGGUCUGAUGCUCAUUAUAGGGCUCCUUUCUGGCCUUCUCGUCUGGAGACAGUGCCGAAGGAAAGAGAAGUUCACCACCCCCAUUGAAGAGACAGGUGGUGAAGGAUGUCCAGGCACAGCUUUGAUCCAGUAAUGAUUUGACGUUCCCAACUUUGUCUAGAAUUGAGAGGAUCUCACCUUCUUGGUGUUUGUUCUCCAAUGAGAUAUCCCUCACACACAUAUACUUCUCGGACUCUACAUUUCUCUUCAUAUACUCAGGAGAGAAGUAGGGACUCAAACCUGGGGUCUUAUCCCAGGACUGCUCACAGGCUGAAGAAUGCAGUAUUUGCACAAUGGGGUGUGGGGGUUCCCUCUCUCCCCAACAAUUACACUGCCACCUCCUUCCCCUGGCAGCACUAGGGGCUCUGAGCCAAGAGAUUAUCCCUUAAGUAGAGGACGACAGAUAUAACACUCAGGACUUUGAUUUCAAGUCCUCUCAAAUGCGCUGGGACAAGGCAGCUGUAUCUUGUUGGGGGGCAGGGUACAGUGCUCUAUCCCCCUAGGAUAGAGGCUGGUCCUCUAGGGGAGCUGGCCCUGGGUUCUUCCCCCUUUGGCCAGCCUACAAGGAUAGGGGAGAUAUUUAUUUGGGGGAGCAAAGAGGGAGGGAGGGCAUAGAACAUGUAUAAAUAAAAGUUAUUUUGAUUUCAAAUUUGAUUCUCAACUUCAUUUGAAUGGAGACAUAGACAGCUAUCUCUCCCCCUCAGUACACGGUUGGCUGAACUCAGAGGUCUAAGUCUCCUCUUAAUAAAGCUGGGCAUCUCCAUCCCCCUUUUUGGCUUAGUCCCCAACAGUUUCUCUGGCUGGAGCAGGGAAGAGUUUAUGUGAGUCAGCCGGGGGUGGAGGCGGGGCCCUGACUCACACAUUCUCAAUGUCUGGGCGGGUCUAGCCCUGACUCGC